AUGCCGAGGAAGAAGCUAAAGCUAGCUUACAUUUCCGAUGACAGGGUGAGGAAGGCAACAUACAAGCAAAGGAAGAGAGGACUUAUCAAGAAACUCGAUGAGCUCAAGAUUCUCUGCGGUGUCGAUGGGUGUGCGGUCAUCUACAAUCCAUUAAACUCAAAUCCAGAGGUAUGGCCAUCAAACUCGGAGGUGUAUAACGCUAUGCAGAAGUUCGAGAUGUUGCCAGAGAUGGACAAGACUUACUUAUCCGUUAACCACGAAGAAUUUCUCAUUCAGAACAUCGCAAAAGUGGAGAAGCAGAAUCAAAAUCUGACUGAAGCUAACAAGGAGAAACUCAUGAGGGAGCUCAUGUUCGAUUGUCUUCAUGGGAACAUGGGAGGUUUGACUAUGAACGAUAUCACUCGCCGUAACUUGUGUGAGUUUAUUGAUCAAUAUCUCAAGAGUCUUCAGUAUCAUAAAAACGUAACCCUAAACGACAAUCUACAUUUUGAAACCGGUGAAUCUUCCUCGAUGGCUAUCGCUGCGGACAUGGCGCCAACCACUAUGGCUGAAGCGGAAUCCUUUUCCUUUACGAGUGCCCCAUUCUUCAACUCUCCUCAGCUAAGCAACGAGUUUCAGUCCAUAACCUCUUCAAACCAGUCUCCUUGUCUUGGAAGCAAUUCUAUGAGUGCACCAAUCUUCAACUCUCCUCAACAAACCAACGAUUUGCCGUCCAUGAUGUCUUCAAACCAGGGAUCAUCUCAGGUUGAUUAUCUUGCAAGUAAUCUCCUCUCCGUUAGCGACCAAGACGUUUAUUAUCCAGUUAUGAAUCAGGAUGAAGUUUACUAUCCAAAUCAGAACCAGAAUCAGCAAGAUGGUUUUGUUGAGCAGAUGAUGAAACAUUCUGAGAGCUUUCACAACUAG